CCCUUAAGGGAGCCUGGCUGAUGUGACCAUGGUGUUUUUCCCUAUGUCAUGCAUCCAUGCCUGCAUGGAAGUGCUCCUGGCUAGUCGUGGCUGUGUUGUGGUGGGUGGUCUGGAGCCAAUCCCUAGGUAUGAAGAGUAAAAGCAGGGCACACUUCUCAAAUAUAACCUUCAAGAGGAGUACUUAUCUCUGGCAAGGCAGCGACGGAGCCGGAUGCCGACAGACGGGGAUAUGCAGUGUGGGUGUCCGAGAUCAUGCUCCAGCAGACACAGGUGGCUACGGUGAUCCACUACUACAACCGCUGGAUGCAGAAGUGGCCAACGCUGCAGGCUCUGGCACAGGCGUCCCUGGAGGAGGUGAACGAGCUGUGGGCUGGACUCGGCUACUACUCCAGAGGGAAGCGUCUGCAGGAAGCAGCAAGGAAGGUGGUGUCCGAGCUGGCUGGCCGGAUGCCCAGGACGGCUGAGGACCUGCAGAAGCUGCUGCCGGGCGUGGGCCGAUACACGGCGGGAGCCAUCGCGUCCAUCUCGUACGGACAGAGCACAUCCCAGCAUGGUAAUCCCAGCUCCUGGUGCCAGGCUACAGGAGUUGUGGAUGGGAAUGUGAUCCGGGUCCUGUGCCGCCUGCGAUGCAUUGGUGCCGACUCCAGCAGCCCGGCUGUCAUCGACCGGCUCUGGGACAUGGCCAAUGUCCUGGUGGACAGGAGUCGCCCAGGGGAUUUUAACCAAGCCUUGAUGGAGCUGGGGGCAACUGUGUGUGUGCCCAAAUCCCCACUGUGCAGGGAGUGCCCGGUGAAACAGCACUGCCAAGCGUGGCACAGAGUGGAGAAGGAGCUGUCCUUCACCUCUCAGAAGCUGUUUGGGAAAGCCCCCCCAGUGCCUGAUGUUGAGGACUGUGGUGCUGGGGACUGUCCCCUGUGCCCCCCAGCCACGGAGCCAUGGGACAGCAGCCUGGGGGUGACCAACUUCCCCCGGAAAGCAGCGAAGAAGCCGCCGCGGGUGAUGCGGACAGCCACGUGUGUGCUGGAGCGGAGGGGCUGCCACGGGGCCCCAGAAUACCUCAUUGUGCAGAGACCCAGCUCGGGUCUCCUGGCUGGACUGUGGGAGUUCCCAAGUCUCCCGCUGGCUCAAGAUCUGCAAGAGGAGAAGGAGAGGGAGGAGCUGGCUGAUCACCUCCAGGCCUGGAUGGGGCAGCCGGUGGCAGCAAAAGGCCUGCAGUUUAUCGGAGAGGUCAUCCACAUCUUCUCCCACAUCCACCAAACGUAUGUGGUCUACUCCCUGUACCUAGAUGGGGAUGUGACCCUGGACCCUGCGUUGUCCCCAUCCCGCUGGGUGACAGAGGAUGAGUUCCAUGCCUCGGCAGUUUCCACAGCCAUGAAGAAGGUGCUGAAAGCUCACAAGAAGCAGCACAGGAAGGAGAGCAGCCCUGUCAAGGGCUCCAAGCAGAAACGGGGGGCAAAAGCACAGGGAGCAGGCAGCCCCUGCCCUGGGACACAGCUCUCCCUCCACGCCUUUCUCCGGGCACCGACUGGCCCGUGAGGCCACCGACCUUCCUCGUGUGAGGCACCAGAGCCCCUCGCUGGGGUGAGUCCUGCCCGGGGCCUGGCAGUGCUGUCCCUGUGCUGUAGCAAGCCCAGGACAUGGCACCACAAUGGUCUCUCACUCUUCCUUUCCCCUGCCUCCCCUGUGGGCAUUGUGUCUGGAUGUGGCCACUGGUCCUGGAUUAAUCCUGGAGCCAGACUUGCCCUCCUUCCUUGGCUUGAGCCCUUCUGGGGCUACUCAGCCCUGUACUGCCACCACGUUGGCACUGUGGACUCAGGGCAGCAGGGGUUUCUCUCCAGCAGUGGGAAGGCUGUGGCCACAUGGCUCCUGCAGCCCUGUCCCCUGCCUGCAUCUCAUGCCCCAGCCAGUGACUGGGGAUGCUGCUGUACCCUCCCAUGUUUUUACUGGACCUGAAAAUAAAUCUCAAGUGUGUGGGUUUUUUUAA